AUGGCCGACGGUGAAAAUCCCCUACUCAUCGACGAUAUCAGUCAGGCUGACCCGAACAAAUAUCAUCCGUCCGACGUUCUACUCUACAAGUGGUAUACCGCCAAGCAAAUAGCUGCCAGCCAAAACCGUUCAGCACUCCGUGCGUCAGCUGCUAUGCGAGAGACCUCGGGUGAGGUACCACCCCGAGUGCCGUGGCCUCUUCCAUUUCCUCGUCCGCGCGAGCAAUUGGAGAUUGGUGUCGAAGAGUGGAGAGAAGCAAGUCUGCGCAUCAUCGACCAGCGUAUCGCACUCUACGACUCAAAGUCCUCCGGAAAGCGUUCCCCACUUGCGACCCCUCCGGCCACAUCGGACAAUAGGCAUGGCCUCCCCCAUCGCGCCUUAGGUAUCCAGGAGCUACUUGAGCAGAUACUUCGAUACGCCACGCCAAGCACACAGUACGCUGCAUGGAACGUUUCGAAAGGAUGGAGAGAUAUGGUGAGAUACAUCCUGCAAACUCAAUUCCGUAUUCCAUAUCCGUGCGGACCUGUCGAGUAUGGUGACGCUAUUCAGCCUGACCUGAACUGGUUGCAACCAUCCGACUCCGAGAUCGCAGAGUUUCAGGAGAUCGUGUUUCAACUACUGCAGAACUCAUAUUCCGGGAAGUUCCCCGACUCCUUCUUCACGGCACGGCUGUCGCAUGCAGACAAGCUGCCACUGUCGACAUUCGAUGAAUACGCCGCAUUCUGUGAAUGUGUUCUCCCAGUAGAGUCUACGGCAGCGCCUCUUUCUCGAGAUGAUGGACCUUGCUGGCAGGAUCUAAGUCAAUUCGAGGUAAACCCACACUUCACCGACCGGUUUGGGGAUAGUCUGCAGCCGUUGGAUGGUGGCUACGCUCUUACUAUAACGCCUCACCUACAGCGACAUCUGAGAGGUCAGGCAUUGAUGCCAGAGCUGAACGAGCUCGUUCACACCAUGUUCCUUACGAAUCCCCCAUGUAAGGGCUUGGGCAUAUACGCCUUUGGUCCGGAGACGAGAUUCAGAGACUUAGAACUACUUGAAAGAAUCCACAACGUGGACGGCAUUCGUAUUGGAGACCUCUUGCCACGAAUCCAGCAGCAUCUCCCCGUGGCAAUUGAGCGCUGGCGCUAUAGAGCUCUCUCUAUGCGCGAAGUCAUUGCGGAAGAGUUGUGGAUAGGAAUGUCGUCUGACUCGGAGAAACUCUCAAAGUGGACUGAACCUGGCAUUCCGCAACUCCUGUUCUUUCUCGAGUCAGCGGAUCAUAAUGAAUUUGAUCCAACGUUCGCACAAGCCCUUUUUCAAACUCGCGAUUCCUGGAUCGAGCGCGAGGCACAGUGGAAACGACCUAUCUGA